AUGAGCGACGGCCUUCUGUUCAUGGCCUGCGACACUGAUAUCUUUGUGUGGGACCAAGUGGAGGACCUGGCGGAGACAGUUGAAGUCUCUUCGCACAUCAACUGCUGCUGCUCCUCUUCUUCCGGCGAGAUCACGAUCAUCGGCUGCGAUGAUGGACAGCUCUACGUAUGGUCGGCAGGGCAGCAUGAGAACGAGCGGUCGAUGGUGGAGGGAGAGGGAGGGGCAGCCGGAAGGACAGGGGAGGGGAGUGAAGAGAUAGCAGCUCUCUCGGUCGGGGAUGGCAACCUCAAGGUGUGGGAGGUACUUCCCCACUCCAAGCUCAUCGGAGGAGCUGUUCGUCUCGCCUCCUUCGCCCCGAGGCUGCCGGAGGAUCACGUGCUCGGCCCGCUCUCCUCUCAGAUCUUCAUCGUCGCAUGGAGCACCUACAAGGUCAACCUCUGGCGCACCGACGACCUCAACAAGCCGCUCCUACACGUCGGCCAGCACGAGCUUGACGUGCGGGUCGUUCGCUUCAUAGGAGACGGGCUGCACGUUGUGACAGGAUCCCUCGACAAGUCCGUCAGGGUCUGGAGGAUCUGGACCAAGGCGACAGUCGCCGCCUCCUCCCCGCAAGAGCCUUCCUUCGGGAGGACGACGAGCAUUGAGGCGUCGGGCGACAACCCUGGCGGGUUCGGGAGGACGUCAAGCAUGCUCAGCUCCGAGGGCCUCACCAGGCUCUCGAGCAUGAUCUCAGUGUCCUACGACCAGCUGCCCGACAUGAUCAAGAUCGUCAGGCUGCAGAGGCUCGUCAGGAGCCUGACAGGCCGCCUGCGAUCGCACUGCCGCUUCAGGAAAGAGCUGCAAGGAAGCAUCCUGGACGUGGACGGCUGCCCUCAGGGACGGUACAUCGCCUCCGCCUCCACCGACCGAACCGUCUGCAUCUUCGACCUCAUGCACAAGUUCAACCCGGGAGCCAAGGUCCUCGAGGGCUCACACGCUGCCUACGUGCAGUCAGUCAAGUUCUCCUUCAGCGGGAGGCUCUUGGCUUCCGUGGGAGGAGACAGAUUCUGCAGGAUCUGGAAUGUCGAGACCUGCCAGCCCUUGCACGCGCUCAAGGCCGAGGGAGCGUUGAACCACGUUGCCUUCUCGUCUGAGGAGGACCUGGUGGCUGUGGGAGGAGCGUUCGGAACCAUCCACGUGUGGAAGGUGGAGACCGGAGAGUGCUUGCAGAACAUCCCGCAGUCGCUGAUCCCAGCUGUGGCUGAGAUCUCCCACGUCUCCUGGAUCCCCACGAAGCCCAUCCUGCUCGUUUCCAGCACCAUCGGCGAGGUGUGGGCAUGGGACCUGGAGGCCAACAGGAUCCGCCUCUUCUACGUCAACGAGGCUCCUCUCGACACUGGUCGCAGCGAAGACCCGCUAGUCAGCAGCAAGAGGAGCGACAAGGCAGCCCCUGUGGAGCUGUGUGGCAUCUCUUGCCUGACAACCAGCUUUCGUAUGGUGAGGUCGACAGAGGAGCGGAGGGUCCGCCGACAGAAAUCAGCCAUGAGGGUGCUCCAGCGAUGGAAGCAGAGCACAGUAGCUCGAGCGUGGGAGGCAUGGCGAGGAGGUCUGAAGCAGAACUCCAGCCUGAGCACGCAGAUCGAGAAACUUCUCGCCAUGGAGUCGGAGCACGACGACUCUGACCUCUGCAUCUUCGGGGACAUGCAGGGGCGGCUGCGCUUCCUCCACAUGGUCAACCUGCUGCCCAAGGACGGCGUGUUGGAAGACCCGAACUUCAUGUUUGCCCGGUUGACUAGCUGA